AUGGAUGUUGAUGUCAUCCCCAUUGAUCCAUCCGUUGAAGUAGACAUGGGCAUAUCUGCCAUCGUGGUCGUUGGAGACAUCGACAUUGACAUAUCCAUGUUCAUCCUUAAAGGCGCAAUCUGCGCAAUACUGGAAAAUGGAAGUAGCUAUGCAAGACACUAG